GGCCAGACGUGCUUGGGCGACAGACCGUUUGCUGCCUGGGCUGCCUGAAUGCGACCACCAGUAGCUCACUAGAGACUGUCACACUGUGCCGAUGGUCUGGUCAGUUGUGCAUUAUCCGUUGACGAGGAAAGAAGCAUUGGGAAAACAGUCUGGUGAUCAACAUUAAAAGUGAUUGCGUCUCAUUGAAAGAAAGAAAACAAUACGUAAAUCUCUCAAGUGAACAUCACAAGACAAAUAACUUUAAUAAUUUAAACCUGGUGCAUUUAAUUUUCCAAAGAGAAGAGAAAAACUAUAAAAGAGACAAUUUUUUUUCUACGUACAAAAAUAAAAGAAUUCAACCAAGGACAUUCUCUGACUCCAAAGAUGAAUUUAUCGUUUGCUGGAUGUGGCUUUUUGGGUAUUUAUCACGUUGGUGUGGCAAUUGGUUUCAAACAAUAUGCACCCCAUCUACUCCUGGACAAAAUCAGCGGAGCAUCUGCUGGCUCCUUAGCUGCUGUUGGAUUACUCUGUGAUCUGCCACUCGCUGAAAUGACAUCAGAAAUGCUGAGGAUCAGCAUGAUUGCACGAUCACACAAACUAGGACCAUUCAGUCCGCGCUUCAACAUUAACUCCAUCCUCCUGGAGGGACUCCACAAAUUCCUGCCAGCCGAUGCUCAUUUGAGGGUAAAUGGGAGAUUGCACAUCUCUCUAACACGCGUCUGUGAUGGCAAGAAUGUGAUUGUGUCCCAUUUUAAUAGUCGCGAAGAGCUCUUUCAGGCUCUCAUCUGUUCCUGCUUUGUCCCCAUAUUCUCGGGCUUUCUACCACCACGCUUCCAUGGUGCACGCUACAUGGAUGGGGGUUUCUCAGACAAUUUGCCCACCAUCAAUGAGAAUACGGUUACAGUGAGUCCCUUUUGUGGGGAAAGUGAUAUUUGUCCAAGAGACAAGAGCUCUCAGCUCUUUCAUGUAAAUUUUGCUAAUACGAGCAUAGAAAUUUCGAGACAGAACAUUAAUCGCUUUUCGUACAUUUUGAUGCCACCAAAAGCUGAGAUUCUGUCAAAUAUGUGCCAGCAGGGCUUCGACGAUGCUCUGCGAUUUUUGCAGCGCAACAAUCUCAUCAAUUGCAACCGAUGCAUUGAGGUGCAGACACAAAUUACCAUGCAGGAUACGCAGAUGUACGUUGAGGACUACGAUCCUGAGUGCAAGGAUUGCACGGAGCAUCGCAAACAUGCAUCCAGGGGGAACCUUCCGGAUACAGUGGUGCAUGUUCUCGAGGCGGCCAUCGAUUCUGCUAACAAGGGUAUCGUUGCGUGGCUCUUCAAUCGCAAAUUGCCCUCAAUUGUGCGACGACUCACAUCCUUCCUACCGUCUGUUUUGCCCACCUCACUCACAAAAUUGAGGCGAAGUCUACUAACAAAUAUUAUUCCACUUGAGAAACUCUUAGCGAAUCUUCCUAACAACUUGGGAGAAGUGUAUUGGGAUGAUGAGAUUGAUGAAGAAGCUCCAUCGGAAGUUUGUGUUGAAAAGACAAUAUAAGAUGAAGAAGAGACUCCUCCACUUAACCGGCCAAAUGACAUUAAUAAAUUAAUGCGAUCGACCAAGAAAGACUUUAGGAGAAUAUUUUAAUUCAGCUCAUGUGACAUUUCCAAGAAGAUAUACACAUUUCACUAUUUUUAUACAUAAAUAUAUAUUUUUACAUGACCGUGGUAUUUGAGGAUGGGAAGAUUUUAUAUUAUUUUGUAAUUAUAAGUAAGUUUCUUAAGAAUCUUCAAGCGCUGAGAUUUACAAAUCAUUGAAAGUGACACAAGUUCAAUGAUCCUGUAUUAUAAUGUAUUAGACUGAAAUGAAAAUAAAUAUGAAAAUUAUAAAACA